ACCUUGUGGCUGAGUAUCAGCAGUAUCAGGAUGCUACAGCGGAUGAGGAGGAGUAUGAAGAGGAAGAGGAAGAGCUCGAGGCUUGAGAUCUUUAGAUCGUUAAGUUUGUUUUCGUAUUUCGCUAUUGAUCUUUAUUGUUUUGGGUGUAAAUUGUAAUGAAAACUAAUUUGUGGGUGAAUCUGUAAAACAGAAGAUGAGGUUUUGCCGUUUUGGUCCUGAUCUUUCUUGUUUCGGUUUAUAUAUAUUGUUAAGGUUUGGUUUUAAGCUCUGUUUUACCCAACACUUCUGAGUUCUCACCAUGGAAGCAUUCAACCGUGGGUUCAACAAGACGCCGAGAAACAUCAAUGGUCGAGUUAAAUCUACAUUUUCCCGUGUCUUUGAUUGAUCCAUAUAUUUUGAUGGAUUAAGUUAUGCUUUGUUAGAAUGAAUUAAGUUAUUAUCAACUAGUAAAAACCACAUUACAUUAGGACUAAUGAAUUUAGUUUUCUAGUUACUAGAUGAAUUAUAGAUCAUGUUUUAAGCAAAUAUAGUAUGCGUUAUUUACACAAUUCAAAAGUAGUUUUCUCUCCUCAACCAUUCGGUGUGGCUAAAUCUAAAUAUCAAUUCAAUAUUCUUUGAGAGACUUUAUUUCGAAGCAAUGAAUAAAAGAAGGGUCUUAAAUAAACUUACAGAAAAUAAAUCCAAAAAUGUACAAAAUUAUAAACUAAAAGGACUACAUGAACAAAUAGAAUAAGAUUGAGAAGUUAUAAAGCUCUGGCCGACAGACACAAAUAUUUCUCUUCCCAGCCUCCCCUCCGUCUCUUCCCACUCUCAGCCUAGCAGGUACUGUAAAAAGAUAAUAUUGGCCAAGUAGCAGCGCAGAGGAUGGGAGCAGCAGAGACUCUAACUGAUCCCUCAAGCCUAUGUGAGUCUAACUAUAUGGGCAACGGUGAUUUGUCUGACACGGAUAUGGUGAUUACCGUGAGAAACACCCUUGCUUCUGUCCAAAACGUGAGUGGGGAAUGUUACCGUUACGAUGAGCUUGUUAAAACUAUGCAAGCUACCAAAAACUCUGAUCUUGAAGCACAGCUUGUGGUGGUGUUCCUUUUUCUUUCAACGAGAGUAUUUUCUUCGUCUUCCCUUUUUUCCUUAAGUGUUUUUUUUUUUUUGGUUUGGCAGACAGCAUUGAAAGCAUUGUCAAGCUCUGUGGCUUACUUAGAUAUCAUUCACCAUGAAAAGCUUCUUUCUUUGGUUUUUAGAAUGUCAUUGUGGGAUCUCAAACCUCAUGUCAUGGAUGCUUUGGUGGGUCUACUCAUAUCACUGGCUGUCACUACAGGAAAGUAUCUGGACCCUUGUCUGAAUAUGCUCGUACGCCACUUUUUGCCACCGGAUUGGGUGAUUAGAAGACUUUCGCAGCACCGUGUAGUGAAACAGAAGAUGGAAGUUCUUUCUCAUGUUCAUGAAGCCCUUCUGAAAAUCUGUAUUUUGUUUCCUCGUGCUCCCUCGAGAAUAUUAGACAUGCUACCCAAAAUAAACAAAAAGGGCCAAGUGGUAGAGAUAUUUGUGGAGAACUUAUUAAAGCUGGAGAAUAGUCUAAUGGGACAAGAUGAUGGCAGCAAGAUUUUUAUGAUGGUGAUGGAGAGGCUACGAGAUAUGGAUUUGGAGAUUGAUUGGGAUGGUAUUCCACAAGAUGACUCAAGUAGAGGUUUGUUUGAUAUGGAACUUGAAGAUGCAGUUGAAGAUAAUACUAUGAAAGAAGGAGACGAGUUUCAAGUGGGAUCUCUAACAUCGGAUGGAAAUGUAAUUUUUGAGUCUUUGGAUAAAUUGAUGGUCUUAUCUUUUGAUCAUCUUGAAUCCUGUAAACUUGCUGGUCGUUUGGAUCAGGUGUUUGAAAAGCUCUUCGAGGCAUUUGAGCACUACAUUAUGGAUAUACACAAAACAAAAGUUUCGCAGUUUCUGAUGUUCUAUGCAUGUUCACUGGAUCCUGAAAACUGUGGUGUGAAAUUUGCGAUUAAGCUGAUGGACAUUUUCCUCUUCAGCAACAAGCUACCUACAAGGAUGAGUGCUAUGGCUUAUCUAGCUAGCUACUUGGCUCGUGGGAAGUUUUUACAUGUUUCCUAUGUGGCUAGCAUAUUAAAAAGGUUGGUAGAUGAGUGUGCGGAUCACUGUAGAACUUGCAGUGAUGAUAUUAACUCUAAGGCACAUCAGAUUUUCUACUCCGGAUGCCAGGCGAUCAUGUAUGUGCUCUGCUUCCGGAUGAGAUCCAUCCUAGCUGUUCCUCGCUUUCGGUCUGAGCUUAUACCAUUGGAGUCAAUUUUAAUGCACAAACUAAACCCGUUAAAGGAAUGCCUUCCAUGGGUAGUUGCAGAGUUCCUUAAACAAGCUAAAGCAGGUGGUCUGUUUGUCGUCUCAGACUCCUUCAUUUUCGAUAAGCUACUUGAGUCUGAGCUCUCCCGUGGGUCUAAGAGGCUUGAUGCAUUCUUCCCCUUUGACCCUUGCUUGCUGAAAAGCUCUAACAGCUUUAUCUCCGGGAAUUUCAUCUACUGGUCGAUGGUGAGACCGACCUAUGACGAAGAUGAUGAGGAAGAUGUUGAGAUCAUUGUGAAUGUGGAUGAGGAGAGUGAUGAAGAGGAAGAGGGUGAUGUUGAUCAUGUCAUGGACAAGAUGUCCAUAACGCCUAAGCAUUAUUUCAUGAACGAGAUGGAAAGAGAGAAACUUCUGAAAAUGCCUUCCGUAAUCAGACCUUCCAUUAGUCCUCAAUCCUUAUGAGUUUGUUGGAUAGGGUCUCUAUAUGCAAUUUUGUAGCAAUAUUUAUCAGUUAUUCCAAUAGACUUAAGAAUUUAUAAUAUAUGGAAACAAUUGUAUUCUAAGAUUACAGUUCAAUAUAUUUGCAUUUGGUUAGAAGAUGUUUUUGAAUCAGGAAAUGUGUAAUCCAAUAGUAUUCUAAGAUGAAAAA